AUGUCUCUUCCCUUGGCCGUGGUCAUCGACCAGCUCAAAUCGACACCAGCUUCGGUGAUUCCGAUUCUCUCUGCGCUUGAUAAAGCCAAGUCCACUUUUGCCAGCGUGUCGAAAGUCGACCUCAAGCACUUAACCAGCAGAACCCUCAAUCUAUGCCGGUCCAAUGACCCCUACAGCGUGUGGUGCGGCAUCAACAUCAUCUACGUUUUGGCCGACAGUUCCGAGAUCGUGAGCGCAGAAGGGUCUGCGUUUUUCGGGCAGCUUUUGAAAGUGCUCGGAUCGCAACAUGCGCAAAACAAGGCGGUGCUUGAGUCUGCCAUCGAGUGUUUGGCCAGGCUCUGCGAUAGCAUCCGCGGCAAGCCCACGCUCACCCGAGAAAUCUUGACCCCGAACUUGAGCAGUGUGUUCACGGUGCUUUUGGACAAGUUGGCCCUCAGCCCGUACUUGGUGUUGGGCUCGCUAAAGAAGCUCAUCCAGGAGCAUCCCACCACCUCGCGGCCGUUUGCCAACAAGCUCAAAACCCACAUCUUGACCUUUGUCAUGGAGGCCCAGUUCUUGAGCUAUCCGCAGAAACUACGGGCCACGGCGUGCCAGACCUUGGCAUGCUUGCCGGUGAUUGAAAAAGACGCCCCUGAGCAGCACUGGCUCCGCGACGUGCACGCGCUUAUCUCCGAGCUCACCAGCACCGUGGAGAUCUACGCCAGUUUCCUCAACGUCCAGGACGACCAGGAAGCAUCCACUCUUUUGAAGAGCCUCGGGUCCACGGACCAUGAGAGUCUCUUCCCGCUGUUGAGCAUCGACAUCAACGAGCCCUCCUCGAUUUUCGCCAUUUCGCAGAGGGUGGGCGUGCUCUUCGAGCUUUUGCAGGGCUACUUGCUCUCAGGCACCAAGUUCCCCGUGGUGGUGCCCAUUGGACGGGUGCUUUCGGUGGUGGACCUCGUGUGUUCGCUCAACACGCGGUUUGUCUCGUUCAAGCGCGAGAUCCGCGACGCCGACGUCAAGCAGUACGUCGACAUCUCGUUGACCCAGUGCCACUUUUCUGCGUUGGGCCUCUUGCAGCAAUUGCCCGCCACAUUCUGCGCACUGCUCGUGCCCCACAUGCUGGCCGUGCUUGCCACGUUGGAGCUGUUGGUGUUUCUCCAGAACAAGCGGUUGGACCACGCCCGCAUCUUGGCCAAUGAGCCCAUGAUCUGCGAGGUGAUCCAGUGCACCUCCAGCUUCUUGGGCCUCACCAGCUUUUUUGCCGACCACUCGCUAAUUUCGAGGAUUCUCGAGGCCGCCGUCUUCUUGGUGCAGCCGCGUGCCGGGGGCCAGCAGCUCGCAGGCGACGGGGGGAAGGUCAAGUUGUCUAACCAGUCCAAAUCGGCACGCAAAAAGACCAAGCGGAAUGCCGCCGUGCCUUUGUCCGACCUCAUCUCCCACGAGCAUCUCUUCAGGCAGACAGUGCCG